UUGGCCAAAAGAGGCGGGGAGCAGUUUGUUAUUGGAAAAGCUGACAAGAGAGCGAGGCAGCGGGGAGGGGACAGACAGAGAGAGGUGGCGGCCUGACUUUGAGUUGGUCAGUGAAGGCCUCAUGCAGCUUCUUAGCAGCAACUCAAUCCCAUUUUUAUCUGCCUGACACACCUCGACUCACCGGGCGCCCGGAGGGGACACAAAGAGAAGGAAGUAAAGAGAGUGAAUAAGGAGGAGACGAGAAGGAAAAGGAAACAUGAUGACCCAAGAACAGUGCACUCAUAGGAACAAUGUCCAGAGUUCAGAGAAACCACAAGUGUACAAAGUGGGAAUAUACGGCUGGAGGAAACGCUGCCUUUACUUCUUUGUCCUGCUGCUGAUGAUCCUGAUCCUGAUCAACUUGGCGCUCACUAUCUGGAUCCUCAAGGUCAUGAACUUCACCAUAGACGGCAUGGGCAACCUCAGAAUAACAGAGAAGGGCCUGAAACUGGAGGGGGACUCUGAGUUCCUCCAACCCCUCUAUGCCAAAGAAAUCCAGUCCAAACCGGGCCGACCGCUGUUCCUGCAGUCGUCCAGAAACGUCUCCGUCAACAUCAUGGGCAGCAACAACCAGCUGCUCACACAACUCGUCACAGGAUCCAGUGGAUUUAAAGCACGAGGCAAGAUGUUUGAAGUCAAAUCCACCUCUGGGAAGCUCCUUUUCUCCGCCGACGAGCAGGAAGUGGUGGUGGGCGCCGAGAGGCUCAGAGUGAUGGGAGCCGAAGGAGCCGUUUUCAGCAAAUCAGUGGAGACGCCGCAUGUCAGGGCCGAGCCGUUCAAAGAGCUACGGCUGGAGUCUCCCACUCGCUCCCUGCUGAUGGAGGCUCCUAAAGGCAUCCAGAUCCUGGCCGAGGCCGGAGACAUCCAGGCCAUCUGCAGGAACGAGCUGCGACUGGAGUCCAAAGACGGAGAGAUCUCUCUGGACGCUCGGAGGAUUCGCCUGAUGCGGCUGCCGGAGGGGAAGGCCUCCACCAGCUCCUCGUCCUCCGGGACCAGGCAGACUGUCUACGAGGUUUGCGUUUGCCCCAACGGGAGGCUUUUCCUGUCCCAGGCCGGCACCGGAUCCACCUGCCAGAUCAGCAACAAUGUCUGCCUCUAGGACUGAUGCAUACAAACACGAAUCAACACAGAGAUACCCCGAAGGAAAGACAGGCAAAAAAUAAAUAAAUAAAUAACAGACAGAUGUACACACAUCGCCUGCCUCUAGGACUGAUUCAGAGCAAACACAGACACAUACAAAGACUGCCAGAGCUGAUGGAUAAACAAUCACAGAUACUGUGUAUACAGAUACACUGACGCACACACUUCACGAUCACAGGCAACACUCUGACUGAUAUUUAGGCUCAACCGAUAUGUUUUAAAGGACCAGUACGGAAACAUUUUGAACCGAAGCUGACGACAGCUGAUAUUUUGUGCCAAUAUUUCAAUGCUAAACAUAUUUUUUCCCUUAAUUUUAUAUGAGGAGAAGCCUUUGAAAACAGCAUUUAGAGCAUCACGGGACACGAAAACUCUCCCCUGAGUCUCCUACAUCUAAGCUCUUUAUACACACAGUACACUAGAACAUAUUAGGCUUUUAAAUUGAAAUACGUGAAUGAAAGAAAACAAAUGUGUUGCAUUUUAACACCUUUUUAAUACAACUGAAUACAUGACGCUGAAUGGAAACACUAAUAUUUAAUAACAGGAGAGUAUUGGUGAUAUAUCGGUCUGACCCUAACAGUCAUACAAAUGCACACACUGGCUUACAGACAUGCAUAUACACAGUAUAGCUAUUUUAACAUGUGAACAUGGUGUGCACACACACACACACACACGCACAUGCACAGGCACGCACACACACACACACUCACAUACUUUUUUGCUCCUGGUAGAAACUGAAAGGAAAAUCUCCAGAGAUUUUACUAGAAGAGACACUGAUCUGUUCCCUUUCUCCCUCAAGAGCAUUUCAGUACCAGAAUCACUAGGGUGAUCACCCAUGGCAACCACGGCCCUCCCCAACCCACUCCUCCUCCUCCCUUCUGUUCUUCUUCUCCUUUUUCCUCACCUUCUCUUCUCCCUCCUCCAACGCUGAACCACAGCUGAGAUAAUUCAAGGAUUUUUACUCCCCCUGUUUUCUGUUUUAAAGCCCAGUAGGCAAACUACAUGCACCUAAUGACUGCUGCUCCCAAUGUGAAUCCGAUCAGGAUGCUAUAAUAAGCAUAAGAACUUGGAUACUGUCUAAGUCAUUGCAUUUCAGUGGAAAACACACACGAGAUCCAGAUGUGCUACUGUAUAUGUGGGUUUGCAUUAAGUGCCGUUAGUAUGCCUAUGUGACAGUGUUUUGUUUGUUUUUCGAUGCUAAUGUGGGAAAAUUUCCAAGUAAAGGUUUCGGUUAUUAGGCUAAAAUAUGAUGAUGCCAUGGUCACAUCAUAUCGCAUUUACCCCA